AUGUUGUCCCUUCGCCAUGUCUGGAUCAUUGUCACUGAUGUUGCCAACUCGCUCUUUGGAUCGCCUUUCCUCGGCCAAGGACUCCAAUACCCCAUAGGAGCCAAGUUUGGCGCGUCUCGCCCCGGCAUAGAGGCUGUCAAAUCCGGAGGUCCCAUCUUUAGGCCUCCUGGCAGCAAUAUCGAUGACUUCUGGUGCGACUAUUCUACAACUAUGCCUGGCUUCGAGCAUUGCGGUACGCCUGAAGACCAAAGCUGCUGGCUGCGCAACCCAACAACAGGCGAAGAAUUCAACCUUUUGACCGACUACGAAGACAUCAAACAAACACCUAAAGGUGUCACACGCGUUUACUAUCUUAACGUUACUGACGGGCCCAUCAACGCUAACGGACUGGACUUCCGCCAAGGAAAGCUCUUCAAUGGCACCUUCCCUGGUCCGCUGAUUGAGGCCUGCUGGGGAGACACCGUAAUAAUCCAUGUGCGCAACCAUCUCCAGUAUAACGGUACCAGUAUCCACUGGCACGGUCUCCGACAGUGGCAGACGAUGCAUAUGGACGGCGUCAACGGCCUCACGCAGUGUCCAAUUGCCCCCGGGUCCGAAUUUAUUUAUAACUGGACGGCGAUGCAGUACGGUAGCUCUUGGUAUCACAGCCACUACUCCGUGCAGUAUGCCGAUGGAUUGCAAGCCCCUAUAACCAUCCAUGGGCCAAGUUCCUAUCCAUAUGAUGUCGCCAUCGAACCGAUCACCAUCACUGACUGGGCGAACAACAGCGCGUUCCAAAACAUAGCCCCAAGUCGAGGUGGACGUGCAGAUACCAUGGACGUUCUUCUGAAUGGAACGGGUGACAUUACUCGAUUUACGGGUGGUCAAACAAUGAACACGGACACGAUCCCACCUCGUUUUGAGCUUUCAUUUGACGAUGCUGCUCCCAAUCCGAUGACUGGGGCGAAGCGUUAUCUCCUACGUCUAAUCAACACCUCCUUCGGAAACUCUUUCAUCUUUACAAUUGACAACCACAAUUUGACAGUGAUAGAGGCCGACUUCGUCCCUGUUCACAAUUUCAACACGACCUCGAUCCUCGUCGCCAUUGGCCAGAGGUACAACAUCAUCGUUGAGGCAACGCCGAUUGUGAACGUUUCGAAUCCCUCUGCCAAUCCUAUCCCCAAGGACGGCAACUUCUGGAUCCGCACUUAUGCCCCCCAAAACUCGGAUGUUUUGGAGUCCUACUAUCACGUGGAUCAGAACACUUAUAUGAAGACUGGUGUUCUCCGGUACGACAAGACCAGCACCACUGAUCCUACCACCACUGGAUGGAACAUCAGUGAUACUGAUUCAGAUAAGUCCAUCAAUGAUCAAUUGAAACCCAUCCUUCAGUGGUCAGUCCAGAAACCAGCAAACUGGGACAACUCACCGGAGGUAUUCAACAUUGUUCCAACGAAAGGCGAAGGACAAUACGCCACGGCGUUCGUUGCUUUCCAACGGAACGGCACCACGGAUGUAAGCCCGUUCCAAACGACGUACGGCAACCCCACCUUUUUGAAUUUGGACAAUGUAGGCGACGAGUGGCCGGCUGGCUGGUUUGUCGUGCCCGAGAACUACACUGACAACGACUGGAUUUUCCUGGUCAUUGACAAGCCAAAACUUGGGCCCCAUCCAAUCCAUCUUCACGGCCAUGACUUCGCCAUCGUACAACAGAGCGACAACAGUUCUUUCGACAUGAACAAUUUCAAUCAGAAUCGACCCGACGUCAACUUUCCCCGCCGUGACGUAGUGUUGGUCACCAAAACCGGGCAUGCGGUUAUUGCAUUCAAGGCUGACAACCCAGGCGUAUGGCUGAUGCACUGCCACAUCGCAGGACACGCCUCUGGUGGCCUCUCCUUGCAGAUUAUGGAGCGGCAGAAAGCAGCUAACGGGAUAUGGCCUCCGGGAAAUUCUGAUGCUCUUAAUGAAGCUCACAAACUUUGUGCCAGCUGGAACAGUUGGUCAUAUGACUGCAAGAACUUGUGGCCUGGAAACACGGGCAACUCUCAAAAAGCAGAAUAUCCUUCCUGCAAGGACUCCACCAACGUCCAGAACGAUUCUGGGGUGUGA